AUGUCCAUCCCCAACAGGCGCACCAUCAUCAGCAACAGCCUCACCAUCUCCAACAUCACCAGCAACCUCACCACCACCAGCAGCAGCACCACUACCAGCAGCCGGUCGCCAAUGGAGUUACGCAUGUUUCGAAUGGAGGAAAUGCUUCCCUCUUUCCCGACUUCAGACCCAGCCAACUCACCCUACCCGAAAUGCGCCCGGUGCUCACGCCGAGGACUGCGCCCGAAUCCUGGUCACUUGGGUUGCAGCUUGAUGCACCGCAUCACGAUGAGUCUGAAGACCGAACUUGAGUCCGAUGUCGAACAUUCGAUGAAGUCGCUGGUCCGCGUCUCCUUCGAAGCUGGGGAUGAAUUCCUCGCGGUGCACUGGCCGUCCCUGUGCGAUCUCUUAUUCGAUAUCAUCAGGGAAGAGCUGCAGUACGUCAAGGACAACGUCACGGAUGAUAGGGUGGACGAUGCCGUGUUCCUCAAACGGCUGGAGAGACUCAACGACGCAUGCCUUGUGGUCCGGAACAUGACCUUGCAGGUAGACAACGCCCGACGGUUCGCCACGGUGAAUACUCCGAAGGAUAUCUUGGUAGAGGGCUUGACUCUGCCGAGCCAUGCCAGUCUGGCCGAGGUCAAGAGCUACUUCCUGGAUAUGGCCGAAGUCAUGGCGGGAUUCUUGCCCUUUUCCGCCAACGACCCGCUGCUCGAGGUGCUCACGCAUGGCCUUGAGUCAUCCGACCGUGGUACUAUGCUGGGCGCGAUGCGGGCGAUGUGCCGCUUCAUCAUGAGCCGUGAUGACUACAACAAUAGAAUGGCAGAUAUACCGACGAUGUCCAUCCACCGUAUCACCAGCAUUCUCAUGCUCGAGGAUGAGGAGCUUGUGUCGGCUUGUCUCGACUUCCUUUACCAGUACACGCUGCACGAAGACAAUAUCAAAGCGCUCCUAGAUCUUCCGGAAGGAUACGAACUGGUCAGGCAUCUCGUGCGCCUACUUCUCUUCCAAGGAAUCACAGGCGAACAGUUGGUCUAUAUCAAGAUGGUCAAGAAGGGCCAGCCGCCAUCUUAUGAUAUUCCCCACCUACCAGAUGCGAUUGUUAGGGAGCUACUAGCCUUUGCCGAACCUGAGCGUGCUACCCAGUGGAUGCGUUGCUGUUUCGAAGAAGAUCCUGAGGCGGACAUUACACAGAUAGCACUGUGGCAGGCUUACCAGUCACGUUUCAACGAAUACGUGUCUGCCGGAUACCCUUUGCUGCCCGCCGCAGAGUUCAUCAAGAAUGUAUCCGUUGCAUUCCAGACAGCAUCGGCCAUGGUUCUUCCUACUGCGCAGGGACAGAGGUUCAUCAUCAAGGGCAUCCGCGCCAGAGAAACGCCGAUGAGCACCAAGGGUCUCGUCCACCUCGCCUGCAAAUGGUUUAGCACGCCAGGCAACGCUGUCAGCAGGUGCACCGCUCAACUCCCCACCUUGCGUGACCUCUGGGCGCACAUCCUUGCAGCGCAUCUCCCGCCAGCCACCGAGGACAAUGCUGCUCCCAUAUACUCCUGUAAAUGGGCAGGAUGCUCUCGCUUCGGCCCACACGGAGAGUUAGACCGCCGCAAGGUCGUCGCUCACAUCCGCACGCACAUGCCUGACGACAAGAAGCGUCCUGUCGCCAGCAAGGAAGAGAUCGAAAUGAUGGAGGACCCGGACGCGCGCGUCAUCAUCCGCCGCUGCCAGACCGUCAUCGAUGAGAGGGGAGAGCCCUGUGGUAUCCCUCUCACCAGUGUCCUGGUUCUCAGGAACAUUCGCAAGCGCGGCGGCUUCAAGGCAAAGCUCCUAAUUGACGGAUGGAAGAAUGAGCUUGCUGAGGUCAUGGCGGUGAAUAAGCCUCUGGCUAUCUUUGUCGGGGACCUGGUCGUUGGCGGCUUGGGCGGCCCUGAGUAG